GCCGUAAAGCGCGGAAGGUCAGGCAGGCCUCCCCCUGCCCCAGGUGAGCCGGCGCGUCCCCGCGGCCCCGGCCCGCUCCUGCGGCAGCCGCCGGGGCCCAGCCCGCUCGGGGCCGCCCGCCGCCGCCACCGCUCCUUGCCCGGCCCUUCCCCUGCCGGCGGCCCUGCCUCGUUCCCCCCGCGCGGGGCCGAGCAGGCCGAGGCGGCGGCGGCUCCCCGCCGUGGCGCCGGCCCCUCAGGCCGGGCGCGGGCAGCCUGACGGCGGUACCGUGCCUGGGCGCGGGUCUGCGGCGUGAGGCGGGCCGCGGGUGAGGGGAGCACAGGGCCCUGCCGUGACCUCCCCGCCGCGGGUAGCGGGCUGCGCCGGGUGGGCGCUGCCACAGGUCCUGGGUAGCGCCUGGUGGCAAAGCUCACGUUAGCGAGGGCGCGUCCGUGGUGCCUUGUGCUAGUGACUGUUCGCAGACUUGGUUUCCUUCCUCAGAAGGAGUGGUACUGAGUUAACGUCCGAACACAUCUAGGUGGUGCUUUAAAAAAAACAACUGACAAAUAGCUGCCAGGAUGUUUCUCCGAUUACUGUCAGAUACCCGGUGGCGGGCGGCUAACCCCAAAUGGAGGAGAAUGACCUGCUCCCGGCGAAGUACCUCAAGUACUCAAGAACCUCACCCGGCUUCCUUGCCAGCACAGGCGCAGGUUGUCAUCUGUGGUGGUGGAAUCACAGGCACCUCUGUGGCAUAUCACCUUUCCAAGAUGGGUUGGAAGGAUAUAGUCUUACUUGAGCAGGGCAGGUUAGCUGCUGGUACCACUCGCUUCUGCGCUGGCAUCGUGAGCACGGCCAGGCAUGUGUCCAUAGAGCUGAAGAUGGCAGACUAUUCAAACAAGCUCUACCAGCAGCUGGAACAAGAGACGGGAGUAGUAACAGGGUAUGUGAAGACAGGCUCUAUUUCACUGGCUCAGACUCAGGAUCGACUGAUCUCCCUGAAACGCAUUGCUUCAUCGCUGAACGUAAUGGGUAUACCUUGUGAAAUUAUCACCCCAAAGCAAGUGGCACAACUCCACCCACUGAUCAACAUCCAUGACCUUGUGGGGGCCAUGUAUGUGCCAGAAGAUGCACUCGUGUCAUCUGCCAAUGUGAGUCUGGCUCUGGCAACCGCUGCCUCACGGAAUGGUGUCCAGAUUUACGAACGAACGAGUGUCAGUCAUGUUGCAGUCCAGAAUGGUUGUGUGACUGGAGUCGAGACCGACAGAGGACAGAUUCAGUGCCAGUACUUUGUCAACUGUGCUGGCCAGUGGGCCUAUGAAUUGGGGCACUCUGGGAAGGAACCAGUCAAUAUCCCCCUCCAUGCCUGCGAACACUUCUACCUCCUGACACAUCCUUUGAAGGAACCUCUGGCAAGCAGCUUACCAACUAUUGUAGACCCAGAUGGCAGGAUCUACAUACGCAACUGGCAAGGUGGCAUCCUCUCGGGAGGCUUUGAGAAAAACCCCAAACCUCUCUUCACGGAGGGACGGAACCAGCUGGAGAUUCAGAACCUUCAAGAAGAUUGGGAUCAUUUUGAGCCCCUUCUGAGUGCCCUUCUGCGCAGGAUGCCGGAUUUGGAGGCUCUGCAGAUCAUGCAGUUAGUGAAUUGCCCCGAGUCCUUCACACCAGAUAUGCGGUGCAUAAUGGGAGAGUCACCCACCGUGCGGGGCUAUUUCGUUCUGGCUGGCAUGAACUCAGCUGGUAUCUCAUAUGGUGGGGGAGCAGGCAAGUAUCUGGCAGAGUGGAUGGUAAAUGGGUAUCCAUCAGAAAACGUCUGGCCACUGGAUUUGAAACGUUUUGGUGCCCUUCAGAGCAGUCGCACUUUCCUCCGUCACCGUGUGAUGGAAGUAAUGCCCCUCAUUUGUGAUCUGAAAGUUCCCCGUUGGGACUUCCAGACUGGCAGGCAGCUGCGUACUUCACCGCUGUAUGACCGCCUGGAUGCACAGGGAGCUAGGUGGAUGGAAAAGCAUGGAUUUGAGAGAGUCAAAUAUUUUGUCCCACCUGGGAAAGAUCUGCUGGAUUUGGAUCAGAGCAAAACCUUUUACAAACCGGAUUGGUUUGAUAUUGUGGGUUCUGAAGUCAAGUGCUGUAAGGAAGCAGUUUGUGUCAUUGACAUGUCAUCUUUUACCAAGUUCGAAAUAAGCUCCACAGGAGACCAGGCCCUGGAGAGUCUGCAGUAUCUCUUCUCAAAUGACCUGGAUGUGCCAGUUGGGCAUGUUGUGCAUACGGGCAUGCUUAAUGAGAAAGGAGGUUAUGAGAAUGACUGCAGCAUAGCACGACUGAGCAAACGCAGCUUCUUCAUGAUCUCCCCUACUGACCAACAAGUCCAUUGCUGGGCCUGGCUGAAGAACCGCUUACCCGACGACGGCAACCUGACCAUGGAAGACGUGACCUGGAAGUACACGGCUCUCAAUCUGAUCGGCCCCCGUGCUGUCGAUGUCUUGUCAGAGUUGUCAUAUGCCCCGAUGACUCCAGAACACUUCCCCUCUCUCUUUUGCAAGGAGAUGAGCGUGGGCUAUGCUAAUGGCAUCCGUGUGAUGAGUAUCACUCACACAGGAGAACCUGGAUUCAUGCUUUAUAUCCCCAUAGAGUACGCCCUUCACGUGUACAACGAGGUGAUGAACAUGGGACAGAAGUACGGCAUUCGGAAUGCCGGUUAUUACGCGCUCCGCAGCCUGCGCAUUGAGAAGUUCUUUGCGUUCUGGGGCCAGGAUCUGGACGCUUUUACCACUCCUAUGGAGUGUGGACGCGAGUUCCAGGUCAAGCUGGACAAGGGAAUGCAGUUUGUCGGCCAGGAAGCACUGUUGGAACAGAAGCAGAGUGGUGUGUACAAGCGCUUUACCAUGUUCAUUCUUGAGGACCAUGACACGGAUAUGGACCUCUGGCCCUGGUGGGGGGAGCCCAUUUUCCGCAACGGCCGCUAUGUGGGCAAGACCACCAGCAGUGCCUACAGCUACACGCUGGAGCGCCACGUCUGCCUCGGCUUCGUGCAGCACUUUGACGAGAAGACAGGAGAAGAGCUGGUGGUGACCACUGACUUCAUCAACCAGGGCGAGUAUGAGAUUGACAUUGCUGGGCAGCGCUUCCAGGCCAAAGCCAAGCUCUACCCCUUCAGCUCCCUCUUCACACACCGUCGCCGCAAGGAUGAGGUGGAACUGAGCGGCUACCAGAGGGAGUAGUGCUGACUAGACCCGACCUGCUCCUUUUCCCACGCUGGAGUCUUCUCCCACUAUCUUCCAGUCCUUUCUCCUCGCUCCAUGUAUUCCUUUCUUUUCCUUUCUUGUCCUUCAACUUUUAAACUUUUUCCAGUGUGUUAUAUUUUGUAUAUUUUAAAACUUUAAUUUUCAAGCUUUCCCAAUCCUGUCGGUCUCCCUCCUUCAACCCUUUGCUUGCCAGGCUCCCCUGUGCCCCAGCAGAUGAAGCACAGUGCUGAGCAUGCAUCCAGAAGUCCAUGGGAAGCCUGUAUAGGAGUGAACCCCACCAGGGGCCCUCACCUCGUGGUGGUGGGAAGAAUUGGGGUGAACCUCUGAGGACUAGACCCUUCCUCUCUCCUCUCCAGCGUAAGGCAUGGGACAGCAGGUGUUUGCUGCCUGUGGUUCAGAUGAACGCUGUGACUUCACCCUGCUCUCCGCAUACCGCGUUGUAAGAGGGGUCGGCACGUUGGUGCACACAGCAAUAGAACGAUCAGCUACCUCACUGGCACGCACUUCUCUGCCUUGGUAGUACCUCAGCUGAAGGGAUUGAAUAGACGGAGUGAAAGGAGUGUGGCAGUGGGAUCAUAAAUUGCUUUCCUUCAGCAAAGCUCUUUGUGUCAUGCUCCUCACACAGAUGCUUCAAACAGCGCAGCUGGGAUUCACCCCUUCUUCAAGUGUCAAAAUGAGCUGAUUCGAACACUGAUGGUAAAUGGUGAAGGGCUGGGGGGAUGCUGAAUAUUGCACACAUUUACGUCUUCUUCUUUUUCUUCUUCCCAUUGUGAGCACAAUCAAAAGCAAAGAUUCUCUUUAUUUACUUGAAAAAGAUCUGUUAAACAUUUUCCCCACUUCUGCCACCCGCAUACUCAUCAUGGUCUUUCUGCUCCAGCAUCUUUCCGUCUGGAGUUUAAACACAGUGUUGCACUGAUGUCUGCCCUGUCAGCCAUGAUGAACACUUUUUCUAGGGUCUAGAACCUGUUCGAGGCACUUUCUUUUCCAGUUAAAUAGCAAGCAUCAGUAGUGUAAAUACGAGCUCAAAACCCUCCACGGUUCUUGUCUGAAGUUUGCUUUCUGCUGCUUUAGUUGUUUCAGGUCAUGCCUUCAGCUCAGCGCGGGCUCUGCCAGUUCAUGAUCCAGAUGUUCUCAGUGUGCAAAAGGAGUCGGAUGGCCCUUAAGGCAGCCGAGGUGAACGCCCAAAACCUUAACCCCUUGAUAGAGGUUGUCAGAGCAAGCUCCCCCAUCAAGGGUGAUAGGGAAGCUGUGGAAGCUAGGGGUGGAGAGUCAGGAAAGGGUGUAAGAGAAUUAAGGAUUUGAGCAUGCACUGUAGUAGGUUGAACGCAGAGGUCUUCGCUGAGCAUUCUCUCCUUUGUGAGUGGUGAAUUCCUUUGUAGUGUGUGACCUCUUCAAGGAUUGCAAACAUCUUUUUGAAUUGACAUGCAAAAAUUCUCCAGUCUCUGAAAUGUGGUGACCAUAGCAGGACAGCUUUUUGAGAUCUCGCAACCGAGAGUACCCUGCGUGGCUGCUGUAGGUGGAGAUUCCACUUGGUUGUCAUUUCUUCCACAUUCCCCUGUUAACUGCUCUCUGAAUUGAAAUUUUGCUUGGUGUGUUAGAAUUAAUUGCUUAAAUGAAAGGUUCGUAGGGCAUCUAAUAGCAGUUGAAAAUCUGAUCACUUCUUGCAUGUCUUUAUUGCAUAGAGAGAUACUGUGAUCCCACUGUUCCUGUGCCGGACGUGCAUACCAAGGAGGAUCUUGGUCCCUCUGUUGGUUUUAUGGGAUGUUGCUGUGCCUUCCUUAUCCAGGGAAACAGGCUUUCAACCAAAGAAAGAGUUUUAUACAUGAUAUUUGGGAUGUGUCUUGGAGCAGCCCUUCUGAUCGGAGUUUCUUGACCAUUUCUUGUUCCUGGUGAGGCAUGAUGCUUCUUCAGGAGACAAAGUGUACAGCCCAGGCGAGCUAAAAAGUACUUAUUGCAACCCCUGAAAAGAGAUUUUAGCUCGAACCAUUCAGUUUGUUCUCUGCAGAGUUAAAACUAGUUAAGACCAAACUGGAAUGUUAGCAGCAUGCUGUCCUCUACCAACCACUCGUUCAUGAAGUAUCAUUGAAGUUGCAGCCAGAUUAUAGUCCUCCUUGUGAUUAUUUUUUCUUUCCCCUAAUUUAUAGGCACCUGUUAGUUCCUCAGACAAAUUCUGAUACGGGCGUCUCUUCCCCAGCAGUUCAGACAUUAAAAUUGCGUUUUAUGAGCUACUUUUGUCAUUAUGUCUGCUUAGGUUUAUUUUAUGUCUAGAUCUAUUGACUUUUCAGUACCAAAAAUAGAGUGUGAAAAUAGUUUUCCAUCAUGCUGAUAGAGAUACAGCGACACGUUCUGCAGCGCUAUGGUUGCUGUUCGAAACCCAGAGAUAGAUGGUUUGGUAAUUGUUAGUCUUGCAGCUCAUUAACGCCUACUCUGGCUUUCCCUGCUAUGAAUUCUGAUUCUUGUUUUAUAUCAGAACCUGUAGCCUUCAACUGCUGUUCAAGCUUAGUCAAUUUAAUUUCUGGCAGCUAUUUUUGACCUUACAACGUUAAAGAAUAGUUUGCCUUCAUCAACCUGAAUACCUGUCAAGGGAACAAUUGGAAAGUAUGUUUUAAAAUAGUGCUAGAUACCGAGAGCGAGGAAGGUCCUUCUAGUGUAAUGUUUUCUUCCAGAGGUAUUAAAUGGUGAUGUAAGGCUUUUAAUCCCUUAUCUGAUGAUUAAAAGUAGAGUGCCUAAAAAAAGAACAACAAAAUCAGUCAAAGAGCUACCACCUUUAGUACACCUUCAGGUUAGGAAAUUGGAAAUCAUAUCUUGGAAGCUGCUGUGACGCAUCUAAAUAACACGGACUGUAAAAUCAUAUAUCCUGAUUUUCAGCCUUAAAAUGCUUUCUGCUGAGAAAGGCGGUUUGUUCUCAUUCUGCACGGGAAGACUGUAAACCUUGGGUGGGAAACACUAAAAUAGCAUCCCUCUCCUCUGCAGCAGCAGGGGCGACGGCCUCGCUCUGUGCUGAAGCAGCAGCAGCAGCUCUGCCCGGCGCACCUCGUGCGGAGCCGUCGUGGGGUUGUUACCAGAUCUCUGAGCUUUGCUGUCCAGAACGGGAACAGUCCUGGAGAUGUUGUUCAUACAGGCAUCUUUUGUUGCAAGGGAAGUUAACUGGAGUUUAAUACAGGAAAUUCCUUUUUUUUGCUAAAAUACCAUCGGUUGAGCAUAACCCAUUUAGGAUAAGCUUUUUACCCAUCAGUGAUAAAUGUUUAGGAAACAUUAGUGGGCCGUGGGGGGACAGGCCACUGUGAGUGGCAUGCGCUUGGCACGUGUAGGCUUGGGUUUUCUGCCCCCAGAACUGAACGUCUGAGGGGUUUGCUGGCGUGGCGGUGGGGCAUCCGCCGCAGGGUGCAGCCGGGAGGGACUCGCUUGCCCAAGUGUCGUCUGUGGCGUGGGGAACUUGUGUAAGAGGCAGCACUUACUGGGCAGCCACUUCCCUUAAAUGGUUUUUCCAGAGGUAUUACGUUGUCUUGCACUUGCUGUGUCCUUUCUGAAGCUCUGGUGUUUUGUUAGUUCUUGAGUGAGUACUGAAAGGCUUGCGUAAAAAUGGAUGUUAGAGAAGAGAGAGAUUGUUGUUCAUAUUUAAUGAUCUGAGGAUAAAAUUAAAGCAGUCUAUUUAGGAAUGAUGUUUUCUGUUUCAGGAGGGCGUGUUACAGUGAUUUUUCACGUGUCUUUGCCAGACUUAGUUUCUUCUGGUUUUCUCUGUGCUGGCUCCAGUGUCCACAUUUGGUGUGCCUUGUUGGACAGCUUCUUUUUGUACUUUGUGGCAAGGAGGGGAGGCUAUGCUGAAACUUCCACUGCAUCUCCGAGUCAUGGUGUAAGCUUGGAUUCCUCCUUUCUACUCUUGCAUUCAAGCUGCCGCGGAUCAUGUUGCUGUUCUACUGCUGCAGCUCUGAACUCCAGCCUGUGCUGCUGUGGGACCUCUUGUGCGCAAGGUUCUUCUCUUCAUUCUACCUGAUGCUUCAUCCUCUGAGCCAGGUUGGCUCUGGAUCUCUCUCUGCAUCAAUUUAAGCUCUUCAACUUGCAGACGGUGCAGGUGCCAACAUCCGAACUCCCAGGCGGGUUUGUGGCCACUGUAUAUUCCACCAUUUCACCUUCCCUCUCCCUGUGCCAGGGUUUUCCCACUCUUGCUACACUCUUCUAAUCUCCUUCCUCAGGCGGCUGAGUGCAGCAGUUCCUUUUGCCCAUCAGAAAGCAAGGCACGGCGAAAGAAAAGCAGGCAAGGGGAUGGCAGGGUGGCUGAGCUGAGGCGGGAGGGGAGGUGUGACUGCGGUUUGAUCCUUUGCCCCUUACUCAGCCGCUGAAGCCCAGCCUUUGAAAGAUGAUCAGCCCCGAUUCCCAGCCCAGGGAGCAUCUUCCUUUGCAGCCCUACUGCUGGACAAGCCCGAGGUGGUGGCAGUGGCUCUGGGCAGAACCGGGACAGCUUGUUGAGGAGGCGAGAGCAGCAGUGCUGCUCGUUUUCCAACAUACAUUUCCUUCUCUCAUCUCCCUUGGCAGUGCAGGAAACCGUGCGCACAGCGGAGGCAGGGGUGCGCGCACUCGCUUGCUCGAAACACUUGUCUCUCUCUGGCAUGUUCUUGCAAGUGGUGUCUCACCUGUGGAGGUACAGCACUGACAUCACUGACCCGGUCCUUCCAGCACGCUUUAACAAGAUGGUUACAUUUUGGGAAGAAAUCUAUAGAAACAAGGUAGUUUCCAUGUUUUGAGAGGGAGGAGUUGCUUGCAAGAGCAGAAGUCAUUCUUAUUUUAAAUAGAACAUUUAGCUGCUGCCAGCGUCCAGCAAAACAUUCACAACCUUCCGAUUAUGUCUUCCCGAAUGAUUUUAUUGUAAUACAUGGUCACAUUAAUUUGUGCCCCGUUUGGGAUGUUUUUCUGUUUUAAACUUUUUCCUUAACUGAUUGUUUGCAUUUUUAUUUAAAAAAAGAACCCAUUCAGUUAGGGAACAGGGCCUGGGGAAGGGAGGGGGGUUAAUGUCAUCAGAUGACUUCAAGCUGUCUCUGAAAAGCAUUUGAAAAUUUUCUUUGCACUUUAAACUUUCCGUAAGCUUUGUGAUUGUAGCAUGCUUACAGCCCUCAGCAAGAACAGUCUUUGCAUUUGGGAGAGGAAAAAAACCCUUCAAAUAUUUGUAGAUGCCUUAAAGCUUUAGGUGAGGUAUUUGAGCACUGAUUGUGCCUGCCAUUUGGUUUUCUUCCCGGAAAGCUGUGCUGAGUGUGUGAGCAGACACAACCGUCGGCAGAUAUUUUUGAGCAAGCACUGGGGCUGGCGGAGGCUGCUGUUGCAGUAUGCCGCGGGUCUGAGGCUGGAAUUUGUAAUGAACUAAGCUAAAUGAGCCAGCAGCCCCCGUGCCUGUACAGCUGUCUAGGCUGACACCUUCCCUUUUUAUUUUUUCCCCCAGAAAUGGAUUUAUUCGCUGUUUUGCUCGUGCUAUAAUGAGUUUUCUUUCUUUAAAGAAAGAAGCCGGGGCUGGUGUAGAGUAUCCUAUGAGUGUCUCGUUGCAUUAAAGGAAACAAAAUUCUCUGCUUGAAUGCUUCCCUGCUGGACCAGCUGACACGUGCAGGCAUGGCUCAGGGGACACGGGAGCAGCGGGCAUCUGCUGCUGCCCCUGAUGGUUGCUGAGAUGGCUCUGAGGCUCCUGUUUGUCUCAAAGCUGUGCUGGGUGCCCGAUGUCAGGCUGGCUUCUGAGGUACAGCACGGCACCCAGCGCUGCUUUGCAGGUAUGAUGCACUACGCUGCUCAUACGCGCUUCUGCCGGCAAAGCAACCCAAGCCGUGCACGGGGGAAAGGAUCACGCAUGCACCAUGAGCGCAGUUGUUUUCAGACCGCCUGCCAGGCAGCUGGCUGCUGGUAAUGUUGCCUGCAUCUGCGGGAAGAGUUGGGGAAAACCCUCUUUGGCCCAGAUCAAAUCCUUGCUGCUGCUCCCGAGACGCAAGGUGUUUCCUUCCCCUCACUUUCUGCUCUGUUCCUGGCUGUGCACGCGUGACAGCUCCUGCUGUCACCAGUUGUGGAGGAGACCUGGGCUGUGCGGGAGAAGGGCUCCCUGCGUCUUGGACAGGUACCCGGUGCAGGUCCCCUGAGCAGAGACUGCCACCCUGUGAACUGCACCAGCACAUCCCUUCUCCACCAUUGCUUCUGGGCAUCGGGUGCACCCAUUUACUCCCCCCAGGCCCCUUCAUGCUUUUAUCAGUCUGCUGAGACCAGAUUUGAAAGGGCUGGCAGGGCUUCUGAAGUGUGCUACUGCUGAAGUUUUAAGAACAGCAGAAGUUUGAACCUGUGAAAACAUUUUCCUAGUGCCUUACGUUUGUGAGCGUUGUGCAAUGGGCGUAGCUGAGGUGGGGCAGACAAGGAGCAACUUCAGCAGCGUGGCUCCCCGUCCGUGGCAGCCCUCUCCCGCUCCCCUCGCAGGGUCAUGGCAAGCCGACACACGGGCUGUAGCAGCACGGGGAGCUUUUAAAACCCUUUGAGGUCUGGGGUUGUAGAAGCCUUGCGCUGGGUGGUCUGCCUUUGAGAGGAGCGGUGGUCUCGCAUCUGCUGGUUUUGGGUUCAAAGGGGUUUGGGAGAGACGGAGCUGCUCUGGUACUGGACCCCAUGGGAGGACAUGGACAGUUGUUCCCAAGUGCACAAGUCAGGGUGAGUUUGCUGCUCUCCACUGAGGCCGUGUUGUUACAUACGCUGUAUUUAUAUCGUGCUUUAUUUCAUUUGAUAUUUUGGUUGGCUUAAAUGUUGCUAGGUUUGUAUAUUAAUAAAGAGGCAUUUUAACUA